AUGACCAUUGUCCAAUUUACCCCAAAUAUACUGAACAAUAAACUGAGCUCGAAGUUUCCCAUCAGCGAAAUCAUGUAAGCGAAGUGUUGUUUCUCCCACAACCGAGGUAAUCCAGUCGAACUCUUACAUGAAGAAAGACUGCUCACUAGAAAUCGAACUUGCUUAGAGGUAUCGUCCCAGAGUAAAAGCGCAACGGACAAAAUGGGAUCUUUCAACAGGUGCUGGAUGUUUAUCAUUUUAAAAAAUAACGUUCGGUUUGACGGAAAAGCUUUGGUAGGCAAAACCGGCGCCUUUCUUACGCCUAUAUUCAACAUGGGUGUAUAUUGCCGUCCCUGUCUACGGUCAUUAUGAAUUCUGGAUUCAACUCCCAAUUACGCGUGUACUAAUGGGUAGUUUAGAUGUCAUUUGGGACUAUGACAAAUACGUGUUUACUCGGGUUUUUAUGUCCUAUCUGUCGUGCAUUCCAACAAGAUAUAGGAAGACAUUGCCUGUUUCCUGUAAUCUUACUAGUAAAUACUUAACCAAAGAUCGAAUUCAUGUAACUCUCAGAUAUCGUCUUGGCAGAACAAUCAAUCAUACUCAAAACAGGCGGGUUAAUCCUGCCCCAAUGACGAUGCAGUCGGAUGCCUUCCACUUUGGGCUGUUAAAUCCCGGCGAUUUAUAGAUCUGAUGAGAUAGAACAAAUAAUUUUUCUACCAGUUGCUAAUAUCCGAGAUGGACACUAGAGCUGCCACGUCCAGCAGAUGUGCGGCUGAUCAGCAUAAAAACAGUUUUGAAUAUUAUUAAAAAUGCUAUUAUCAGGUAACGCAUAUAAAGAUGGGCAGACGAAAUCACGGUUGAAGACGCCACACAUCGUGUUAACCUCACAAGAUAAACGAAAGAAAACCUUGGUUUAUUAAAACAUCCUGGGCCCUGCCAGUCUCCCUAGGAUGCCUCUUUCUAACUGACAACGCUGUUUACUAACCAAAUUUAUAUUUUGACGCCUAUGGUGUUGAACCCAAGUACAAAUCAAACACGUUAGGUGAGUAAGUGUCUUCGUCUAGCGAUCAAGUCUUCAAUUUCCAUAUGCCAAAUUUCGCUUUGAGGUUAUCUCAUAAUACCGCUGUAGUUCACUUCGGAGUCUUUGCCUUGCCUUUCAUAAUCUUACAAGUUAAGAGGUUUAUAAGAAAAAAACGAACUUCAUGCAUGGUCCCCUUAGUCAAGUCUUUCUAUAUAGUUACACUUUUCCCUUCCGUACGGUCUCCACACCUUUGUUUUGUGCACUUAUUUUCAAGAAAGUUUUUAAUUUUUUUCCUCGUAUAACCGACCUUUGCGGCCUUUAUCUGGUUUCUCGAAGGUUCGUGGUUCAUUCCUUUGCUUACCUUUUAACAACGCAAGCCAAUUUUAAGUUAUAGAGUUUACGCAUUUGCAGCUACUUUCUAGUACGGUCUCAUAUAAAGCUGCCAGCUGAUCACUCAAAAGUGCUCCGUUUCGACAAAAAACAGCAUGUGUCUGCCAGGCAAAAGAUGAGUAUGUUUUUAACUUUCUGACAGAGAAUUAUAUAGCCUUCGACAACUUGGGCCUUUUGAGUAUCCAGUUUGUUUAAUUUUCUCGAACUAUUCAAGUUCAAGGUCUAGACAUUUUCAAAAUGGAUACAAGGCCAAGAAGUUCUUCGCCAUCAAAAAGAUUUAGUGUCUACAGAGGAAGAAAACUUCUAAACUUCAUUCAUGCGAACCUGCUUAAUGCGGAUAGUUUGAUUUACGGGCCAUUUGGAGACCGGAAAGGCAUGAAUUAAAAGAACUGUCCAUUUUUUAGUUAUUUACUGCGAUUUUACUGCAUCUGGAUUAAGUCUAAAAUGCUUCGAAGAAUUCAUUUUGAACGAAGUCUUGACUGAUUACGCAAAUGUGCAUUCAGUUCUUUCGGGCACAGCAUCGCAAACAACCGAUUUAAGGAAUGAUGCAAAGUACUUUACGUUUGAAAUAUAAAACUUUAGAGUCAUUAUCAAAGAGGCCGUAAAUGCGCGCAGCUCGGAUGCCGUCAUAUUUGUAGGAAGUGGGACGACAUACGCGAUUCACAAACUUAUACAUAAUCUGAACCUUACGGAACCACCGGUAAUGACGUUUGAAAAUUCGUUGAUUGAAACGCAGAUUGUUCUUAAUGGUCCAUUUGAACAUCAUUCAAACUCGCUUCCAUGGACACAUUUGGCACACAAAGUUAUCCGACUUAAAACAACAAUCGAUGGAGAUGUUUCGAUUUCUUACCUGGAGGAAAUGCUAAAGGCAAGUAUAUGCCAUAUUAUUGUCCAUAUUCUUGUGAAGCCAUGUCAUAUAGAAAGAUCGAAGGAUUUUCGUACGAUAAAAGACAGACAUACAUUGAUUUUGUGCUUCUCCCGGGAUAAGAAUGUUUAUUUUAGAUAUCCCAGUUUUUUGCUUAUACAAACAAGGAACAGUUUCACAUAUAUUGCAUGGUUUAUGGUUUUGCUAUACGCUGAUCGUGGUUUUAAAAACUCAGCCAUAUGACUGCUCCACAUCUGUAUAUUUUUUUGGCGUUGGUCGUAACGACAAUUCCCUCAACACCGAUUUUUUAUAAGUCAGUCCAAACAGUUGGCCAUUUGCAUGCGACAUUCGAGAAAAAUUCAGGUGUCUUCUUCGAGAUCAUGUCUGAAAUUUUGUUUAAACUAUAUAGUAUCCCUUCGAAAACGUUUAGUCGUCUUAAAUGAGGGUUUUAAUUUUACAGAUUUAUUCACGAUUUCGAAAAUUUGCUUUCUUUUUAUGUUUUUUAGAAGGAAAGCAAGCUGGCCAAAAAAAUAGGUUGCAAGGUUCUUGUGUGUCUUUCGGCUGCAUCUAACGUUACUGGCAUCCUUGUCGAUACGGUGAAAAUAUCUUCGCUUGUUCAUCGAUAUGGCGGCAUUAUAUUUUGGGACUAUGCUACAGCUGCCCCAUACGUCGAAAUCGACAUGAAUCCCCCGAAGAGGUUUGCUCACCCUUCACGGUUUUAAAUAAAAAUUUCUCUAAAGCACAGGCUACGAUAAUGCCUACAAAGAUGCCGUUUUUUUCUCCGUUCACAAAUUCGUGGGAGGUCCACAAACUCCCGGUAUUUUGGUUGCAAAGAAAAGUCUGUUCGAAGCUGGACAACUAUUCCCGCAUACCAGUGGCGGUGGCACAGUAACGUUCGUUCGGAGACAGAAGACUACUUACCUAAAAGUAAUUUUUUUGCCAUUCGCCAUAUUCUUCUAAUUCCAUGUGUUCGAUUGCUUGCAUUAAUCUUAGACCAAACUCUAUUUUUUAAAAUCUGGAAACUCUUGCACUGAACGAGUUUACCAUAUGCUUUUAAAUUAAAGGACGUUGAAGGACGAGAAGAAGGUGGAACACCAGCAAUUGUUGAAUCUAUUAGAGCUGGAAUGGUCGUUCAGCUAAAACAAGCAAUUGGAACGGACCUUAUUGCUAAACGUGAGGAAGAAUUAGUAGCGUAAGUAGCUUAUUUCAAGAAAUAAAAGUAGUUGAGAGGCCUUUUAAGGAACCCAUAAUUGUUAGCUAAUUCCCUGUCAUUUAAAUUCUCAGCCUCAACCGUACUUAAUUUAAAACCGUUUUUACUUGAAUUUGCCAACUUUGGUGUAAACAAGCAGAUCAUUAGAUUUGCAUCUUCAAUUAGUAAACAUAAGCUAUAUUUUAAAACUUUUUAAUUAACUUCACAAUAUUCCAAGAUCGUGCAAAUUUUAAUGUCUUAUAAUGCACUUAGAUCUUUGAAUGCCUGUUUUGUAUACACUAUUGUCUUUUUUGAAGGCGAGCAUGGACAAAAUUCAGGGAUUGCCCAAACUUGAUUGUGCUCGGCGGUAGCAAGGUAAAACGCCUUGCUAUAUUUUCUUUUCUCGUACGCCACACGCGUGAGUUAGCAGUUCAACAAACGACCGGUUCAGCUGAUGGAGAGACGGCGUUGCACCAUAGGCGAAGAAACGUCCCUGAAUCAUGUCUUUUCAUUCAUCACGACUUUGUCUGUGCUCUUCUCAAUGACCUCUUCGGCAUUCAGUCGCGAUCUGGCUGUGCGUGCGCCGGACCUUAUGCACUCGACCUUCUUGGUAUCAAUGAACACCUGGCUACAAGCUACGAAGAGGCUCUAAUUACACAGUAUGUCUCUCAUCCAAGAUUUGACAUUCUACCUCAGAUCUAUUUUCACGGGUUUAUUUUUCGCAUAAAUAAUACUGUUUAGACGACCGACGUUUUACUGCGUACCGUGCCUAAGCACCUUGAUUAAAAAACAACAUACGACCUCAGUAACGUGCCCGCAUUCUAUUUGUUAGCCCAAAAAUGAGCUUUAUUAUACGAACCAUAAUCGUCAUUCUAAAGUUCUCAGGGAUGCUGGUGUGAUAAUCAAAUGCUUUUUUCAAAUUAAAAAUUCAAAACGCAGGUUAUUUGACUUCCCAACGUUUGAGAACAGACUAUUUCCGACUACGUAUUUAUUAAAAUCAACCUUGAUACAAUGCAGUAUAUUACCGGGCAUGCCGUUUACGCUUUUUCGAGCAUAGUGUUAUAAAUACUUUGAGUUGUAUAUAUGUUGGAAGUAUGUCCAUCGAUCGGGUUAUGGGACGCUCUCGUCCCAUCGGGUUUAGUGCCCCACAGGAAGUCACACAGCGAAUAGCAGACGGAGAUUACCAGCAAAGACAAGGGAGAAUGGAAUAGCCACUGCUGGCUUUUCGGCCGUCGUCAGUACGGCUUUACUCAAACUCUGGUUUUAGCGGCAUGCGGAAUUUGAUUCUGUGUUCUUUGUUCAUCAAACGUUAUUACCGAUUGAGCUCCGAAUUAGUUUUAUACUGCAGACGAUUAAAGAAGAAAACGUUUGUCCGAUGCCAAUAAUCGAAGGAAUGACCAAUCUUUAAAAAAAGAAAUGUGACCACAGAUGUUUUUUUACGAAAGGGUUAUCUAACAGCAUAAUGUAGAUACUUAAAAUGCUGUCCUCGUUUUCAAUAGCUCCGCGUUAGUCAUUGUUUAAUGUUUUCCGCAAUCGUUUUCUCAUGGUAAUUGCCCUUUCUGUUAUUACAGGGACAAUGAUGAAAUACCUGAGCAUAGGAUACUGCGGUAAGUUUUCUUAUUCGGUUAUAUUUGUUUAACAUUAUUAGUUUUGUCCAACUUUUCACCCUAUUCUGUUCGCUUUCUACCCCCUUCUUGUUCGUCCUGUACUUUUGGACAGAAAACAACCACAAUCAAAAGUCUUAGCCCUUAUACUUAACUAUAUUAUGUUUGACAUACAUUCAUAAUCAGAAAGCUUCACUUGUACGACAUUUCCUUCCUGAGUUCCUUGACGCUUGGCCACAUACUUGACUCUUAAUUGUUACCUUUCACCUUAAUACUGCUUGAUAAGAAAUAUGCAUGCCAGCUGUCUGCCGUGUUCCCCCCCCAAGUGUAAAAGUGUGAUGGUUAUAAGCUCGAGCGCGGGAGUUCAUAACUACUUUGGUUUUGAAGUCCCCUCCCCAAUGUCCUGGAACAGUCAAUCUUGUCAACAAUAGAAUGAGUUGAUAAAAGCAUAUAAACAUUGAUGCUGUCACUUUCGAAAUGAAUGGACAAAUUCUUCGGCCCAGGAAAAUGGAGUACAGCAGGUUGCGACGUUUUUAUUCCGAAAGACGAAAUAAAGGACGCCUGUUGCAGCUCAGUGCGACCGAGUUCGAAAAGACAAGGGAUUCCCUCCGAGAAUCAUCAAGAUCACUAUCUUAGUGCACACUAUGGAAAGCUGUAACUACUCGAUGUUUACUCCUUUAAGUCAGCAACUCCAAACAACCUGACAGAUAUAGACGAAUAACGCUUGACUAACCAAUGUAACAAAACAGUCGCAUCAUUUUUGGCAAAAUGAAAACGAAAGAUUGCCUAUAAAUGUUCUGAUGUCUGUCCGGUUCGGCACUAGCUAAAACCGAUAAUAUCUCGACCAAUCUUUUCGCCACAACACCAAGUCCAUUUAUCCGCCUUGUACUAGGGUAGUAACAAACGAGAAAAACACCUCUUUUGUCCGUUAGAAUUUGUACAGAACCGUGUGUUCAUCAAAAUUACCUACGGAGACCGAUUUACUUGAUAGUGCUUUCGGAAAUCCUGUAUUGUAUCAAAUUGUGUUUGUCCUUUUUCGCCAUAAAUGACUUGAAACUGACUUAAGAUAAGGUCCGGAUAGUUUUGACCAAAAUCUAAGCCACCAUAGUACUUUUUGAAUGCCAUCCCAGUUGACAAGUACUUGCGUGGAACUUCCUUCGGGAGACGGGUUUUUAUCCUACUAGUAAAAUAUUCAUAAGGCGCAUUGCUUUACUAUUUCAGGGCAUAUAAUUUAAUCUUUUAAAAACAUGUAUUUUGAGCUCUAGCGGGUAAAGAUUCUGCUUUUGGUUCAAAAUGUGCAAAAUGUUCACCGGAAAAUAUUUGAGCAACAUGAUCCGAAGCAAUCCAAUAUGUGGUUUCAGGCACUGCUAAAAGGACGGUUAAUGCGAAAACUUUAUUUAUUCAAAGGCCGUGCAAGUAAAGCCGAAAGAAGGCAUCUUUUUGGGACAGACAACCAUGAAAACCAGUUCCAGAUACUUAAACGAGUCGUUUCUUGGCCGUUGCACACAAAGGGUUCCUGGACACAGUCCGACUUAUGAGGACACAUAGUUUAUCUUAAGCAGUGUGGGAAACAGUAUUUCCAUAAACCUUUCCGUAAAACUUCACAAACACGCCAAAGUAAAUCUCCUUCUUAACCCUAACUGCAUAAGGCAAAAUUUCGGGACUUUUUGGUAUGGCAGUUUCUGUUGCAUAAUUACAUUAGUGUGGGCCAUAUUCCUACUUUUCAAUGUGAGGGCCCAUAAUUCGGUCGUUUAGAUAAUCUUUAAGAUGAAAGUCUAUAAACAGAUGCUAAACGACCACUCCAAAUUUAACUAACAGACAAACUUUUUAGGAAGUAAAUAUUAUACAAUUGUGUUAACUUCGUUCCCAUCGUCUCAGUAAUUUUGUUUUUUUAAAUAAAAUUAUGGACUGUCCGGCUCAGACUAUUUGCUUACGGAAACAUAAAUUGUAAUUAAUUCGACAUCUGUUGCCUCAGCGAUAAAACCAUUCAAUAAACGAUUAACGAAUAUGUCACUGCCUUUUCACAGUAUAUGUGCGAAGUAUGUUGAUUAGUAAUUCCUAAAUAUUUCUGAAUGAACACCUCAUUGGCUUCAAUCUCUUAUUUACAGCCCGGGCUUUACACGCAUUAAUCUACCUUUCUUCUAUCCUGAUGAGGAGCUUGAAUUCAUCUUGGAUGCCAUUGUCUUUAUUGCAACGUACGGAUGGUAUUUCCUGCCAUUCUAUGAAUACAAUCAGUCAACCGGCUUUUGGCGCUACGCCAGUGACAGUCGGACCGUAACGGCAAAACACCUCCAUAACAUCUCCUACGAGAGAGGGGUGAUGCGGUACAAGAAGGCAGCCAUCCAGUCCAAUGGACAGGCACCAAAGACACUAAAAGUGGGUCAUUACUGUUUGUUUUUAAAGGAAACGCCAUCAAACGGUGUGGGUUUUUUCAUGAGCUUUACACAGUGUUUUGCUUCUUAUCCAAAAUGUGAAAAAGGCUGAUUUUUUGAUUGUUAAAUGGCAGCACUUAAGGGCAAAAAUAAGAAAGGAGAAUGCUACUUUUAUUUUAAUUUUUUCAGAGCUUACUUGUUUUACAAAUAUGGGUAUGACAAACUGUACCUCAUCCUCGUGAUACGAAUGCUACCACUUCGAAAAAGGUGUUUCCAAUCUUUACAGGACGCCAGUACGACAUACCUGUUUGCAGUUUGCCCGGCUUCAGUCGAAUAAACCCUCGCGACUAUUCGCAACCAGCGCAAUAAUUUCUUUAUCAGGCACAUGUAAGUGGUGGCCUGUCGAACGUCCGUCGUAGGCGCUAGGAAAUGGCUGGGCGGUUUUUAUCUAAACGCCGUCUGUGUGAACUUAAUGUAGGCUAUGAAGAGUUUUAAGUGUGCAUGGAUUGAGGGGAUGUAAUUUUAGAACGUAUGCACUGCAUGUACUUUGUGAAAUUUUGGCCGAAACUUACAAGUACAGCGGUUUUCAACUCAUGGUCAGGCCCACUUAAUUGCAAUAGAAUAUGUGCUGUCACGGACAAAUUUAACAAAAAUUCAGAGGUGCGACUAUUGUCCCUCUCUGAAAACGAAAAUGAAAUCAAAAACUUAUGCAAAAAACACCUUUGACCUCUAUUAUCAGCAGCGAUUGCCAGGAUAUUUUCAGAGUCCUAUUCAAUCGCCUGUACAUUCAUCCACGAAGGAACUCUUUCCAGAAACAAAAUGUUGAUUUCACAGACACUGUGGGACCGCAGUCGCGAUCCUAACGAUCUGAUAACUUCGAAAAAAGCGUCAAAGAAUAUAGACAAGCCUUUACGCCACGUCUACGGAUCUGACGAAGGUCCUCGGGGCGGUAAACCUACUGGACCCUAG